GUCUCCAAGGCCCCUGAUGGGAACCUGCUCGCCCUUGCCGACGACGUGGUCAGGCACACACAGGCUGUCGCAGAGUACCUGCGGGCGAACAACUAUGCCCAGCCUACAUUUGCGCCGGACUCAAUUGACCGUCCCGAGACGCCCGAGUACGCAAAGCUCCACAGCAGGCUGAAGCAGUCCCUGGAAAACCUCCAGUACCUCGUCGAGGGCCCCAAGAGGCACUUCCGCGCUCUUAGCUGCCAAGGAUACGAACUUGCAGCCAUCCAAGUGGCCCUCGACUUCAACUUCUUCACCAUUGUCCCCACAGAGGGGCACAUCUCGCUGACAGAGCUAGCCAAGCAGGCUGGCGUCGACCUCGACAGGACCAGCCGCAUCGUCCGUCUCUUAGCCACCGAAUUCAUCUUCCGCGAGCCCACGCCCGGAUACGUUGCACACAGCCCCAGCUCGUACCUCCUGCAUGUAGACGAGGAGAUCCGUUCGACGCUCCAUUACACAGUCGAUGAGAUGCUUCAGGCGGCCUCGUCUACGGCCGACAAUGUGAGGGCGUCGCCGCACGAGUAUGACAGCGCUCUCACCCCGUUCGUGACGCGGCAUGGCCUUCCCAUCUUCGAAUACUACGAGAACGACACCCAACGAUCGAUUCGUUUCGCUAAGGCCAUGGCUGGAUGGGCGAAAUUAAAUUUGAAUAUCAAUGCACUCAAAGACUCCUUCCCCUGGGCGGAUCUCAAGGGCACUGUGGUGGACGUUGGCGGCGGCAGUGGCAAGGUCUCCAUAACUUUGGCCCAGCACUUUCCCGCUCUUGACUUCAUAGUGCAAGACUCGGCCGACAUGCACGUAGCGGGCCAGUCGCUGCUCACCGACGACAUCCGCGGCCGCGUCUCCUUCAUGCAGCACAGCUUCUUCGAGCCACAGCCGGUGGGCGAUGCUGCCGCCUUCAUUCUGCGCGCAUGCGCGCUCAACUGGUGCGAUCGCGACGUCGUCACUAUGUUGCGUGCUCUGGUGCCGGGGCUCGAACGCUCCAAGCCCACCACGCCGCUGCUCAUCAACGACCUCGUCGUGCCGGUGCAGGGCACACUGACGCGCGACUUUGAGCGCGGCCUCCGCCAGAUUGACCUCAUCAUGCUAGUGGGCUUCGGCGGCAAGCUGCGCACUGAGGCGGAGUUUGGCGCCCUUCUAAAGCAGGCAGACGAGAGAUACGAAAUCCGCGGCUACCGCCCUGAGGGUCUCAUGGGCUUGAUAGAGGUCUACCUGCGGCGCUAA